AUGUCUACCACCGUGACGACAAGCGCUGAAGUGGGGACGGAGUAUGAAUACUUCUUCCGCGAUGGGACGAUGAACAACCGGCGAAAGGUCCUCCGCGGCGAAGAAGCCGUCGAGACAUUUGACGAGAUCCCACUCGUCGAUGUCGGCGGCAUCUUCAGCGACAAGUACGAAGAACGACUGCUCGCUGCCAAGGAGAUUGCCGAUGUGUGCAAGACCGUGGGCUUCAUGUACAUCAAGAAUCAUGGAAUAUCGCAAGAACUGAUCGACAAGAUGUUUGAGCUUUCUCGCAAAUACCAUGCCCAGCCUCUCGCCGUGAAGAAAGAGCAGGACGUGUACAAGUCCCCGACGUUGCGGGGGUAUGAGAUUCAUUACACCAAAACGCCGAACGGCGAUGCAGUCAAGAAGGGGUCAUUUCUCUACAGUUACGAGCCUGAAAACGACCCGCAACCACCAACCCUGACCCCGGAACAACGCGAACAGUGCAUUGGAAUUCACAAUCAGUGGCCGGCACACUUCCCAGAAUUCAAGACCACGCUGCUCCAAUACCAGGCUGCACUCCUGACACUCGCCCGUGCGUUACUGAGAACCUUUGCCCUGGGUCUGGGGGCCGAAGAAGACUAUUUCGACUCUCUUGUGACGGCGCCUUUUGUCUCGAUUAUUCUCCAGUACUACCCGCCCCGAGCGCCCGGCUCGGCAGACCUAGACGGGCUAGGUGCGCACAGCGAUUUCGAAACGUUCACCAUCUUGAACCAGGACAUGGUCGGAGGUCUCGAGAUCCUCAACAAGAACGGGAUCUACGUUCCCGCCAAACCCAUCCGGGGGACCUUUGUCGUGAACGUGGGAGACUUCCUGCAAAGAAUCUCAAACGACACCUUUGUCUCGACGGUCCACCGUGUUCGCAACGCUUCGGGGGUAGAACGCUACUCCAUUCCAUUCUUCUUCAGCUUCAACAUGGACGCUGCAGUGCCGGUCAUGCCAGCUUGUACGUCAGAAGCCAACCCAGCCAAAUACGAGCCGCGAAAUCUGCACGAGUACACGGCCCUGAGACGGAAGCGACAGAGAGAACAGCACGAGAAGGGCAUUCAUGACACUCUUGGUGAGCCAUUGCUGGUUCGAUACAGCUGA